AUGGAUGUCAUUGAUCAAGACGAUUCAACCGGAGUGGAAACUACCGCCACCGUCACUCCGACGGGCACAGGAUUUGAUCCUAUGUACCUCCACCUGUCUGAUAAUCCAGGAGCUAUGUUGGUUUCAACUGCAUUUGACGGAAUAGGGUACAGGUCUUGGAGGAGGAGUGUGUUGAGAGGUUUGUCUGUGAAGAACAAGUUAAGUUUCAUAAGUGGAGAGUGCAGACAACCAGAUCCUUCAUCACCACAAUUUCGACAAUGGGAGCGUUGUGACAACAUGGUGACAUCCUGGAUUCUAAACUCACUUUCGAAAGAAAUCGCAGAUAGUGUAGAAUAUGCAAAUGAUGCGGUUGAGCUUUUGAAGGAAUGA